AGGAGGAGUGAAUCCGAGCAAAGCAAAGCUAUGAACGGCAUAGAGAGAAGUGGAGAGGGGGAGGGAUUACCUCUUUAAUUCUCCUAUUUGCAUAUUUUAUAGCAGUAAACACUUUUUUUACGUUUACGUUUUAUUCUCCAAGCUGCAUAACGAAGGGCCGACUCUAUCAAACUUUCUGUUAGUUAGCUGUCUGACAUUAGCUCCUGUUUAAUAGCCCCCUGGUGACUUCAAACAACUUGUCAACAGCCGAUCGAUCCGAGGACAGCCCUGCUUUUCCUGCUCGUUAGCUCCAGCUGGCUCACGGAGCGGGAGCCUCCACUGAACCAGCGGUGCUACAGUGGCAGAGGGGUCAAGCCAUGGUAGCUACGUGACAUGAGAUGAGCGGCCGAGUCAGCUUCAUCAGGAACCAUGGAAGGGUUUCAGCAAACUGCGACGGAGCAGCACAGCAGGGUGAAUGGCUACUGUGAAGCUAGGUCUCCGCUGGACGAGGCUGACGUCAGGUGGACCCCUCCUGAGGUAGAGUCGGCUGGCUCAGACAGCUGCGGGGCCGCUAGCGCGUCGGAGAGUACGGACAUCCGGGAGGUUAAGACCAGGGAGAGUGAAGAUGAGGAGGACGAGGCAGAAAAAGGGGAAGUGCUUUCUGCCAGAGGCCCAUUGGGGGAGCAGAAGAAUAAUCAGAAAGAGGAUGAAAAUCAGGAUAGCUGUCACAGCUUGCAGAACAACAGUGCAUCAUCAAGCUACACGGAUCUUUCCCAUAUGUCUUCGCCAUCACUAUCAGAGCAGCUCCGACUGGGUAAAGAAGACAACGCAGGGUCUGGGAUCAGCGUGGAGUGUAAGGUCUGUGGGGACAAGGCGUCUGGCUUCCAUUAUGGAGUACAUGCCUGUGAAGGCUGUAAGGGCUUUUUCCGGAGGACCGUGCGAAUGAAACUGGAAUACGAGCGCUGUGAGCGCUCCUGCAAGAUUCAGAAAAAGAAUCGCAACAAGUGCCAAUAUUGUCGCUUCCAGAAGUGCCUGUCUUUGGGAAUGUCCCAUGAUGCGAUCCGAUACGGACGCAUGCCUGAGGCAGAGAGGAAGAAGCUGGUGGCGGGCCUGCUUGCAGAGGAGCUAAACCUCAGCAAACCUGGUGGCUCAGACUUAAAGACGUUGGCAAAACAGGUUAACACAGCCUACCUGAAGAACCUCAGCAUGACCAAGAAAAGAGCCCGCAGCAUCUUGACCGGCAAAACCAGCAGCACCUCACCUUUUGUGAUCUACGACGUGGAAACGCUCUGGAAGGCAGAGAGCGGGUUAGUUUGGAGCCAGCUAGUUCCUGGUGCACCUCUGACCAAGGAGAUCGGAGUCCAUGUGUUCUAUCGCUGUCAGUGCACCACAGUGGAAACCGUGCGAGAGCUUACAGAGUUUGCCAAGUGCAUUCCAGGGUUUGUGGACCUUUUCCUGAAUGACCAGGUGACGUUGCUCAAAUACGGCGUUCAUGAGGCAAUUUUUGCCAUGCUGCCAUCACUCAUGAACAAAGAUGGACUUUUGGUGGCAAAUGGGAAAGGCUUUGUGACAAGAGAGUUUCUACGGAGCUUAAGGAAGCCCUUCAGUGAGAUCAUGGAGCCAAAGUUUGAGUUUGCUGUCAAGUUCAAUGCUCUGGAGUUGGAUGACAGUGACCUGGCCCUGUUUGUUGCUGCCAUUAUUCUCUGUGGAGAUCGCCCUGGUUUAAUGAACGUAAAGCAGGUGGAACAAAGCCAGGACAGCAUCCUCCAGGCCCUUGACCUCCAUCUCCAAGCAAACCACUCUGACUCUCUCUACCUCUUUCCCAAGCUGCUUCAGAAGAUGGCCGAUCUCCGUCAGUUGGUUACUGAGAACGCCCAGCUCGUCCAAAAGAUCAAAAAGACUGAGUCGGAGACCUCGCUCCAUCCUCUACUACAGGAGAUCUAUAAAGACAUGUAUUAGAGGAAUCUCCAGCACAGACUGACUUUGAAGCAAUACUGUUACAGAUUGAAUUUUUGCGGUUAUAAAAUAACACACUGCAUUCAGUGAAGGCACUGUUUUCCAUACACGGGCAUGGAUUUUUAUUUUUUUGACCCACAGAUAAGUCAGAUUCACUUGGUUAGGGUGAUCACAAGCAGCAGAACUCCCACAGUAUCAGCAUUGCUCUCACUGUGCAAUGAGCAUCUGGAAUCAUUUGCUGCAAGCCUUAGUUUCCCACAACGGCCACCUAACAUGGAGAGUGAUAUGUUUUCUUCCAGAGGCUGCUCCCGUUUCAUCCUCACAGCAAAGCUGACCCCAGAGCAGUGUUUUGAGAAAGAGAGAGAAAACUUCUCCUCACUCUCUUCAGCUCUGUGUUUUGCUGCAAAGGGAAAGCACUUCAUGGUCCUUCACCAGUGGUACAGCUGAAAUGGAAGAGGGAUAUCAGGGUUUUUUUAAUUCAUGACAGAGUGAUUGCAAUUAUUUUCAUUAUAAUAUUUUAGAGAUGCACACGUUGGUAUUUGUUUACAUCAUCAACAUUAACUCUUCCAUCUGGCCAUUUGGUUUGGAGAACACAAACUGGGCUGGCUCCAGCAGUGUCGAGCUCUCAUGGUGCAACUGUCUGUGCAAUGCUAUUUCCACUUGCCAACAUAUAAAAUCCAGCUUAUAUAGGUUUUUGUCUCAAAAGCCAUUGCCCCAAGUGAAAAUAAACUGAGUUGACACUAUAGGCAUACAACUUUUAAAAAGUUUGAGGGAUAGCAUGCUUGCUUUCUUUCUUGCAGAAAACUGACCUUGCCAUUGUUUGACUUUGUUAGCGCAUUUCUCUGAUUGUGUUACAAAUGGUUUUUAUUGAUUAUGUUGUACGAGAAAAUGAUUGAUAAUGCCAUUUCAUUCAUUUUGUGUAUUAUAUUUCUAUACCUACCUUUAUAGCUUAGGUUUUUACCAAAAAUGAUAUCAGGCGAACCAACACAAUUUUCUUAAACAAAAGCAUUUGAAUUCCAUGGUAAAGGAGGAAUUAGAAAUCUAGCAUACAGAUCCAUUAUAUUUUGUCUUGGAGAUUCUUCAAUGAUUGAAAGUCAAUACUAACUUUUGUAUCAAGACAUACACAAUCCAAAACUACCCUUCAGUUUGUGUGUCUGAUUUGUUACAGCUAAGUAGUUUUGGCAUCUUACUUUACUAGCUCUAAUUUACACGAUUUUCCUUUCAGAAAUCUUGUGCUUUUGUCUUUAUCCCCAUCUACAUCCAAAUGUCUGGAUAUUUCACUGUCUUAUUGAACCUUUGACGUUUAUUUUUGCCUUAAUUCCUUUUGUACAUGCACCUUGCAUUGGCUAGAAGCAGUGUGCUAUUCAAAAGCAAAAUAUUUUGAUUGGAUUUUUGUAUUUUAUGGUUAUUAGAUUUUCUUAUUAGAAGCCAGUUAUAGAAAACAGAGUUCUUUGAUCCUUGUUUUAAAAUGUGAAUUAGCAUAAACAUUUUACAAUAUUUUCUGGUCAAAAACUAAUGCACAGAAAUGUGAGCUUUGGUUUUCUUUUCCAGUUUAAUAUUAGAACAUCAUAAAAGAAAAGAAAUAACUGCCCCUUUCUCCAUAUGCUACCAUCCAUAGAUGGUAGGGAUUAUUUUAGUCAUUUAGUUAUUCAUUUCUUUUUGUGUAAUCAUCUUUUUUUGUGUGUGUGUGUGGGUGCAGCAAACAUUCUUGAUAUGUUGAAGAUUCAGCGCCUCCCCCCCCCAAAAAAAAUCACAAAUGUAAUUUUAACAGAUUUUAGAAAUCUAAAGGGUGUUAAACUUGUUAUAUACUCCCACUAAUUAUAUUUGACCACAAACAAAAAAGGAAAAUCUAAUAAAUACUAUAAAUGUU